AUGAGCAUGAGCGAUCGCGAAACAGUCGGUAACGGUGGGUUGGAUGACGAGUUAUCACUUCCAAAAGCAACUGUAACUAAACUCAUUACAGAAAUGUUACCACCCGACAUUGCUUGUGCAAAAGAUACUCGCGAUUUGUUAAUAGACUGUUGUGUUGAAUUUAUUCAUUUAAUCGCUUCUGAAGCAAACGAAAUCUGUGAGAAAGAAGCCAAGAAAACCAUAGCUGCGGAACACGUCAUCACCGCUCUUCAAACUCUAGGCUUUGAAAAUUAUUUGUCUGAAGUACAAGAAGUUUUUAAAGAACAUAAAAAAUUGCAAAAGAAAAGCUCAAGAUUAGAAAAUUCAGGUAUGACAGAAGAGGAGUUAUUGAGACAGCAAGAACUUUUGUUUGAGCAAUCUCGUCUCAAAUAUCAAGCACAGCAACAAUCAUGA